AUGAGUGGCAGUCUGAGCGAUUUGUUUUUCGAUACCGAACGCGUGGUUCAGUCGAAUGGCCUCAGUUCCAUACCGUCUCCUUUCUCACAGGUGAAUACUCGACCACUAUCCUCUUCCAACACGCGAAUAGAGUUGCUCAAGUGCGAUGUGCUUCCCUUCGACUACCGCGCAAGUGCAAAGACGUUCAUGGAUAAAUUGGUAACAGAUUAUGAAACAGAGGAGGAAGGCAAUCAUAUUCAGGCUAACCUUAAACAGAAAGCAGCUCGUGUCUUUACUCUGGAUAUAGAAGACGACGUCAUGAAGAUACAACUUCGUUUUAUGGCAGUCAAGUACGCGGAAGAGAAGCGAGAAGUCAUCGUGCUUACUGGUCAGGAUGAACUGCUGGAAGUGUUUGGAGUUGCAGUUGACGGAAUCAAGUUGGAAGAACGAACCUGGUGCGUUUGUCCGAGGUGUCGCCAGGUGUAUGUCUUCUUCAAUUGUGUAUCACCGGGACUGUGGAAGCCAAACCACUACGCAGAGGUUACCGUGAUUUUGUCAACAAAGUGUGCGAGUUGA